UGGAGAAGACGAUGUCUCAGCAGUAUCUGCAACUCUUAUCUUCACCUCCAAUGGCGGUAAACUCCAAAAUCUUCACAAACCACCGGUUCACAGACGCUAGUUUCCUUACCGCCGGUGGUUUCUCCGGGAAACGGAAUGGAUUUGCUGUGAAACCGACGGCGAAGGUGAAGCUAUCGGUAAAGUCUCGUCAAGAGGAUUACUUCGAGAAGCAGAGAUAUGUCGACUCGUCUUCUUCGCCGCCUUACUCGCCACAAAAUGCUGAAGGAUCUUCUCCACGAUUUUACGUGGGUCAUUCGAUUUACAAAGGGAAAGCUGCUCUUACAAUAGAGCCACGAGCACCGGAGUUUGUUUUCUCAUUGUCGGUUUCAGAAAUCGGUAACCUAGUUAGCCUUGGGCCGAGGGAAUCAUGUGAGUUCUUCCAUGAUCCAAACAAGGGAAAAGGUGUGUACAUACCAAUCACUAAAGCAGAGUUUGCUGUUCUCGUCUCUGCUUUCAACUUCAUCUUGCCGCACCUUAUAGGCUGGCAAGCAUUUGCAAACUCCAUCAAACCAGAAGACUCUAGCCGUCUGAACAAUGCGUCACCUAAGUAUGGAGGUGACUACGAAUGGAGUAGA